CCAAACCGGAUAAAUAAGAGUGUCGAAAUGGUUUAGUACUGUUAUUUUUACAUCUGAAGCAGAUAACAACCGCCCGGCAUUUUCCUGCCACAGUUAAGCACCGUAUUUUCAAGUUUAUUAGGAUGCUGGGGCAAAACGCACACCCCUUACACCAUUAUGUUCGAAUUGCUAGAAAUUUAGCAAUAUUUGUAGCCUGUGCCAAGAUUUGCCUAGCGGGAGAAGUAAAGCCAUUAUCAAAGCAGAACAAAUCGGCGGUUAAACCUCUUGCGACAAUAGCUUCUUUAAAUUUCGUGGACAAAACGGGAAAUGGUAAAGGUGCUCAAGCCGAUGACACUUGUUCACGUUGGCAGUUGUGCCCCAAAAAUAAUACAAAUAUCCACUAUGUCCAUGGUACCGCGUUCGUAGCUGAUCAGAAAGAGUACCUGGCCAUCUACUGCCAAGGAUUUGGAAUUCGCUUUCGUGGAGAAGACCAUGACUCUAUUGUUCGCGACCGUUCAUUCCAUGCCGCAGCUCCCAUUACGGCGAUACGCGAUGGAAAAGUGGCUUUUGUUGAAAACAUUAUUUUUGCCUAUGAAGGGUAUAACAGCGUUAUUCUGAAGAUCGAAGUUUGGGAUGGAGACAAGAAAAUGGUCACGUACGAUCCGCUAAAACGUCCACCCAGGAAGGUACCCGGUACGGACAUAAUUAUCGGCGUCAACCAAGUUCUUAAGACAUCUACAGUAUGGGUAUUAGUGUAUCGGUUAAGCUGAGCCGUGAAACCUCUAUCACACUGAAAUCUGUCGGCGUGCGCUAUAGAUAUCAAUAAUUUAGAAAGGAAACAUUAUUGUUACUCCUGUUAAUCUGAAUUUGAAACUGAUCCACAUUAAAAUCCACUGGAGUUUGAUCCACAUUAAAAUCUAAAUGGGUAUUUAUAGAUCCAGAGGUAUUUUUGCUUUAAAGCUGCAAUCGACUUCAGCUGAGCGAUAACAUUAUUGUCAU